AUGGAAAUGGAGGGCACUUGGCCGUUGGUGCUGGUGGCGCUGGUGGUGCUGGUUGUAGUGGUUGUGGUGCUGGUGCUGGUGCUCGGUGCCAGUGGAGACUCUUCAGCUCAGUGCCAGAGGAGACUCUUCAGCUCGGUGCCAGUGAAGACUCUUCAGCUCGGUGCCAGUGAAGACUCUUCAGCUCGGUGCCAGCGAAGACUCUUCAGCUCGGUGCCAGCGGAGACUCUUCAGCUCGGUGCCAGGGAAGACUCUUCAGCUCGGUGCCAGGGAAGACUCUUCAUCUCUGUGCCAGUGGAGACUCUUCAGCUCGGUGCCAGCGAAGACUCUUCAGCUCAGUGCCAGUGGAGACUCUUCAGCUCGGUGCCAGCGGAGACUCUUCAGCUCCGUGCCAGUGGGCCUCUUCAGCUCGGUGCCAGCGAAGACUCUUCAUCUCGGUGCCAGUGGAGACUCUUCAGCUCGGUGCCAGUGAAGACUCUUCAGCUCUGUGCCAGUGGAGACUCUUCAGCUCGGUGCCAGCGAAGACUCUUCAGCUCAGUGCCAGCGGAGACUCUUCAGCUCCGUGCCAGUGGAGACUCUUCAGCUCGUGAAGACUCUUCAGCUCGGUGCCAGUGGAGACUCUUCAGCUUGGUGCCAGUCAAGACUCUUCAUCUCGGUGCCAGUGGAGACUCUUCAUCUCGGUGCCAGGGGAGACUCUUCAGCUCGGUGCCAGUGGAGACUCUCCAGCUCGGUGCCAGCGGAGACUCUUCAUUUCGGUGCCAGUGGAGACUUCAGCUCGGUGCCAGCGGAGACUCUUCAGAUCAGCUCUGGUAUGACUUUAUCGAGAUCCGUGAUGGGACUUCGGACGCCGCCGACGUGCUGGGCCGACACUGCAGCAACAUCGCCCCGGCGCCAAUCAUCUCGUCCGGGCCCUCCCUUCAGAUCCGAUUCGUCUCCGACUACGCCCACCAGGGGGCGGGCUUCUCUCUCCGCUACGAGAUCUUCAGAACAGGGUCAGAAUUCUGCUUCCGUAACUUUACCAGCUCCUCCGGCAUGAUCGAGUCCCCGGGGUUCCCCGACAAGUACCCCCAUAAUCUGGAGUGCUCCUACAUGAUCAUCGCUCCGCCUCACAUGGACAUCACCCUGACCUUUCUCACAUUUGACCUCGAGAAUGACCCCCUGCUGGUGGGAGAGGGCGACUGCAAGUACGACUGGCUGGACGUCUGGGACGGCCUUCCGCAGGUGGGUCCGCUGAUUGGUCGGUAUUGUGGAACAAAGAUCCCCCCAGAGAUCCAGUCAUCCUCCGGCCUGCUGUCUCUCUCCUUCCAUACCGACAUGGCGGUGGCCAAAGACGGAUUCUCUGCCAGAUACAACAUGACACACAAGAAAGUCAGCGACUCAUUCCACUGCAGCACGGCGUUCGGCAUGGAGUCGGGGAAGAUCAGCGACGACCAGAUCACUGCCUCCUCGUCCUUCUACGAUAACCGCUGGUCGCCGCGUCAGGCACGCCUCAACAACGACGACAACGCCUGGACGCCCGCUGAAGACAGCAACAAAGAGUAUAUACAGGUUGACCUCCACUUCCUGAAAGUUUUGACGGGCAUUGUCACACAGGGGGCGGUUUCCAAGGAGACGCAGAAGUCCUACUACGUCACCGCCUUCAAGCUGGAGGUCAGCACCAACGGGGAGGACUGGAUGGUCUACCGGCACGUCAAGAACCACAAGGUGGAUCUGGGGGUCCCCAAGAUGGUGCGAGGGGUCAUCACGCAGGGGGCCAGGGGCGGAGACACCAGUACUGGGGCCACGACGGACAACCGCGCUUUCGUGAGGAAGUACAAGGUGGCGCACAGCCUGGACGGAAAAGAGUGGAGCUUCAUCAUGGAACCCAAGAUGAGUCUUCCUAAGAUUUUCGAGGGGAACACCCACUAUGACACCCCGGAGCUGCGUCGCUUCGAGGAGACCCUGGCCCAGUACAUACGGCUGUAUCCGGAGCGAUGGUCUCCAGCAGGGAUCGGCAUGAGAGUGGAGAUACUGGGCUGCGAUCUGCCAGAAACCAGCACGCCAGCUGAAACAGCCACACCCACUCUCCCCGCCGGGCUGGAAACCAGUGCGACCCCCAUGUCGACCACAGUGGCCGGCUCCUCUCCAUCAGACGGUGUGUGUGACUUUGAUCACGGCCUUUGUGGGUGGACCAACAACUCCAGAGCCCCCCUCCUCUGGUCCCUACACCAGCACGAACUCAACAGCUACCUGUAUAUGGAGGCCAGCUCCAAGACGCAGCAGCAGCAAGCGCGGCUCCUGAGCCCAGUGGUGGGGGCCGAUACGGGCCCCCUCUGCCUCCUCUUCUCCUACCAGCUGUGGGGGGAGGCCCAGGGCAACCUGAGGGUUCUGCUGCAGGACGUCCACCACGAGGAGACCCUCCUCUGGGAGCUGAAGGGGGACCAGGGCCCCCUCUGGAAGGAGGGACGCACCGUCCUGCCUCGCUCCCCCAAGGACUUCCAGGUGGUGAUGGAGGGCUUCUUCGACCACAGCACCAAGGGUUACAUUUCCAUAGACAACAUCGUCAUCAGCUCCAGCACGCCACUGGAGGACUGCACACAACCCUUCACGGCGUUCCCUCCCGACAUGACAGGGGGAGGUCAUCCCGGCGGCAGUGAGCCCCUGCCUCUGCCUGCCUUGUCCGUCCACUGGUAUUACAUAAUGGCCGCCGGGGGAGCCCUCCUUCUCCUGGCAGUGGCCAUCUUGGUCAGGGCCCUAUGUUGCUGCCGACAACACCUGGCCGCCAAGAAGAGCCAGCUGUCAGUGGCCUAUCACAGCUCCUCUCAGUGCUUCCAGUAUUCCCACUGGUCCACCAAUAGGAGACCAGUUGAAUUUGGAGACAGUCGGCUUUUCACUGGCAGAGAUUCGCUGGGCGGAGGCUUCUCUCCCUCGGGGUGGAACACGGCGGCGCCCUCGUCCGACCCGCCGGUGACGCGCGUCUCGGAGAAGGACAACUCGUGGCUCUCCACGCUGGACCCCAUCCUGGUCACCAUCAUCGUCAUGAGCUCCCUGGGCGUCCUGCUGGGGGCGGUGUGCGCCGGCCUGCUCCUCUACUGUACGUGCUCCUACAGCGGCCUGUCGUCGCGCUCCUCCACCACGCUGGAGAACUACAACUUCGAGCUGUAUGACGGCCUCAAGCACAAGGUCAAGCUCAACCAGCAGCGCUGCUGCACCGAGGCAUGAGCGCAAGCCGGGGGGGAGGGGAGAAAAAAACCCAAGAAAGGAGAAGAAGAGGAAGUACAAAAAGAGGAGCGGGAAGAGAGAUGCGACCGUUUCGUGAAAUCCCUCGCAUUAUUUUCUUGUCUCGUCGGUUCACGUUAGUAUCAGUUUACUUCCUCGCCGGUCCAAACCACUGAGAAAACGCCUCUUUAUUAGCUCGUCCGCCAACCAUCCCCCCCGCUUCCCUCAAAGUGGUACAGUCCAGGGUGUUAUUUACUUCAUUUUACUGUUUUUUGUUGUUGUUUUUUUUUUGGGGUGAAAGAGCCAACGAGGUAGAAGACUGAAGUCACCCAGAUGGAUCGUUCCACUGCGAGGGGCGCCGUGAGGCCUCAAAAUACAAGUAUCCGCACAUAUCAGACACAUUCCUGCUCCGCCUAAAGAGAACUGUGUAUACAUACGUCCUGGAUUUGUAAAAGGUGUAGUUGCUAAACUCGGAGGGGCCCGUUGUGUUGCGGAGCGCGGCAGUAGGGUAGGGACUUAGGAAGCCUCUUUAUUUGAUCACUGGUGAACAUGGUGGCCUAGAUCGUAGCUCCUUUCUGUGGGCCGUAGGUUUCGUCGUCGGGUUGUAGACUCUGCUACCUAUCAGCCUCGGUUCUCCUCUCGGUUCAUGACAGUCCAUGGUAUUUUUAGUCCCCCCACCCCCACCCCCCACUGCCCGCCCCCCAGUCCGCCUUUCUGCUAGGUCUCUCUAUCUGCGUAAUGUUUCUGUCCUGGCCCAUUGCCAGGCCCUGCAGGCUGAUAAGUACAGAACGUGGAGGCGUGUGCGUGUGUGUGUGCGUGUGGGUUUGGGGGGGUGGUGGGGGGGUGUAUAUCUCAACGUGUUCUGUUGACGAUAGUUAUUGUUAGAUUUAGUUCAAGACUGUUGUUACUGGUUCCUGUCACAGAGAAGGUCAUGUUUACAUGGCGGUUAACGGCGAAAGGUCAAGGAGCCUCGGUCGGUGCAACCUAUGGAUUGCUUGUAAGGGCAGGGACUGAGCAGAACGACAGGAAGGGAAACAGAGAGACGGAGAGAGAGAGAGAGAGAGGGAGAAGUCAGACGGACUUUCUUUUUGUUUUUCUGCGGUCCGUUUGGACGGAGGCAGCGAUUAUAAAGAGAAAAAUGAACGCCGGUGAAGCCGCCGACCGCCUGCCCGGUCACACAACGAGCCUUAAACGUGAACUUUUCCCCUAAAUGUGGAGGAAAUACCGUGGAGAUGUGAGGAGAGAGACCUCUCCCCCACCUCCCACCCCCACCCUCUCUCUCUCUCUCUCUCAAAUGUGGACCUCAAAAGCCAUGUCUUAUAGGGCCUGUCUUGCGCUAUCACCCCCCCCACCCCUACCCCACCCCACCCCCAUAUCUGCUUAUUGUUCUGUUGUUUUUUUUAUUCUACUUUCUUUCGUAUGUUGUCAGUCGCACAUCAAGGCAGGACUUCUGUUGGACAGUUUGAAUCAGAGAGGGUUUUGUCUUCGAUGCUCCAAAUGGACUCGUCAAGCCAUGUGAAGGAGAGGGAGGAAGAGUCUUAUCGCUGGGUCCUCUUGCACACAUGCACAUACAUACACACACACAUAUAUGCACACACACAUGCACACACAUAUAUGCACACACACACAUAUAUGCACACACACAUGCAUGAACACUCAGCUAAAAAAACAACAAAUGAUACUGAUCACAUUCACGCAAGCUUACAGAGUUUAAGUGCUUAUUAUUUUGGUUAUACACAUAUACCACAGUCAUCAACAUUCCCAUGUACUAAUGCUCUGAGAUGUAUACACAAAACCUAACAACCCACACACAGACACGUAAGCCUGGGCACACAAACACACACACACACACACACACACAUACAACAAAAGAGUAAAAAGGCAUGCUUACAUUCAUAUCAUAGUGCUGGGAACAAUGGCCAGUGCUGAGGGGUCUAUGUGUGGGUCAUAUGACCAUGAAUACUUAAGCCUCCAUGACCAAACACACACACAUACACACACACAGACACACACUCUCCCUCUCCUCAGAGGCCCACAUCACUGGACCCCUACUGACUCUUUUCCAAGUGCCUUGGAGCCUCGGGGAUCCAGCUUACCUUUGGAGCCGGUGUCAGAUGAUGGUAAAAGGACAUUGACAGUGAUUGCGCCCCCUUCUGCCUGGGAGGACCAAACACAACAAAAGGACAGGAUUCCCCCUCCGCACUGCUCAGACUGCUGUUGUUGUUGUUUUAAAGGGGGCUUUGUACAGAAAUGCUCUUUUUAUGAUUGUUAUUAUAAUUAUUGUUAUGAUUAUUUAAUAAAGGAUUUAUACCAUAUGAAG